ACUUCAAAAUGGAGAUAGCCUCAAUGGCGCUACCCAUGUUGUUACAGACGCUAUAAUUGCACAGAUACAAAGAUGAGUCCUAUAUCUAUCUCUAUGUAAAUCACUGCUCAAUAUUAUUUGCAGAUCAGUCAGUCAAAAUGUACCCAUGAUACAACACGGUUUUGACGCGCUUGAACACUGCCAUUAGGUGGGAAGGCAACUGUUUGCGAUUGGACAUAUGUUUUAUCGACGAAUCUAUUGUUGAGUCGUGUUAUUGAUAUAGUAAUGAAGCUGUCACUUCAAUGCAACCUUUAAUAUUAUAAAUGCUUGUGCAUGCGUUUCGAUGUUUUUAAAAACUUAUGUUUUUUACAGACGAUUGAUUACUAGCUUUUAAUGUAGUCAUUGCUGGAGAGGUGAGGAGCACAUCAGGUGGCCAGUAACUAUAUCUAGCAUAGCUUCUGAUAACAACAACAGUAAGCUAAUGAUUCAAAUGUUGGUGGUCGUCGUCUAGCUACGUCUUUUGCACACACAAAAAAUCACGGCAGUCAUUGUUUACAAUCUCGCUCGAGCCUUGUUUUGUGCGUUAUUUCGCUACACGAGAAGGUUGUCAUUUUCUCGUAGCUAUUGGAUGGACACCAUGAUGAGCGCGCCUUGCGCACAAUGUUUAUAUGAAUUCUCGUGAUAUUCUAUGAUUUGAUUAGUUUAUUCACGUUAAUACCAACCACUCUUCUUCGGAUGUCAAUGGAGGGGGACGAUGGAAACCGUGAACAAUCGUCACGGGAAGAGUGGACACUCCUGUUUUGGACCACUCUCGCUGUCGUAGUGCCCGUGAUCAUUACAUUGUGGUGCAGUGUCCAGCGCUCCAAACGGAAAAUACACAUGAAAGACUUCUUCCGCAAGAGCAAGCACGGCUGGCACUGCACCGACCUGUUCAACAAGCCCACCUACUGCUGUGUAUGCCAACAACACAUUCUACAAGGGGCAUUCUGCGACUGCUGCGGAGUGUGCACCGACGAGACAUGCCUGCGUCGGGCCGACCGGAGCCUUGUUUGCAAAGAGAUUAUGGCUCCGUCCCAAGCGGAUGGGACACUAGAGCACCGCUGGGUCCGGGGAAACGUCCCUCUCUGCAGUAUCUGUGUGGUCUGCAAGGAGCAAUGUGGGAACCAACCGAAGCUGUGUGACUUCAGGUGUGUGUGGUGUCAGACAAUGGUGCACGAUGACUGCAAGGCCAGCCUGUCGGACGGGGAGCGCUGUGAGCUGGGCGAGUUCCGCAGCCUCAUCAUCCCCCCUCACUACCUCCACCACGUCAACAAGCUCCGCCGCAGGCAUCCCGACGAGUACAGCAAGCUGGCGUCUGCCUGUGGGAGCAGCUGGACUCCAGUGCUGGUCCUGGCCAACACUCGCAGUGGGAACAACAUGGGGGAGGCUCUGCUUGGAGAGUUCCGCACCAUCCUCAACCCUGUCCAGGUGUUUGACCUGUCGGAGCUGCCUCCCUCCAAGGCUCUGCAGCUGUGCACCCUGCUGCCUCCAGGCAGUGUUAGGGUGCUGGUGUGUGGGGGGGAUGGAACCGUGGGUUGGGUGCUGGAUGCCAUCGACACCAUGAAGCUCAAGGGCCAAGAUCAGUUCAUCCCCAGGGUGAUGAUCCUGCCCCUGGGUACAGGGAACGAUCUGUCCAACUCCCUGGGCUGGGGGUCGGGCUACGCCGGGGAGAUCCCUGUGGAGCAGGUGCUCCGGAACGUCCUCGAAGCAGAGGUGGUCAAGAUGGACAGGUGGAAAGUUCAGGUAGCCUCAAAGGGGCUCUACUUUCGUAAGCCAAAGGUCCUGUCCAUGAAUAACUAUUUCUCAGUGGGCCCGGAUGCCCUGAUGGCGCUCAACUUCCACACCCACCGUGAGAAGACCCCCUCCUUCUUCUCCAGCCGCAUCAUCAACAAGGCUGUAUAUUUCAUGUAUGGCACCAAAGAUUGCUUAGUUCAAGAAUGCAAAGACCUGGAUAAGAGGAUUGAGUUGGAGCUGGAUGGAGAGAGAGUGGCCCUGCCCAGUCUGGAGGGCAUCAUUGUGUGUAACAUCGGCUACUGGGGCGGAGGCUGUCGUCUGUGGGAGGGCAUGGGGGACGAGCCCUACCCCCCUACGCGGCUGGAUGACGGGCUGCUCGAGGUGGUGGGUGUGUUUGGCUCCUUCCACUGUGCUCAGAUCCAAGUCAAGAUGGCCAACCCGGUGCGGCUGGGCCAGGCCCACACAGUCCGGCUGGUGCUGAAGACGUCCCGGAUGCCCAUGCAGGUGGACGGGGAGCCGUGGGCCCAGGGCCCGUGCACCAUCACCAUCACCCACAAGACCCAGGCCUUCAUGCUCUAUCACAGCGCUGAGCAGACGGACGACGACGACGAAUCCAGCACCUCCGAGGCUGAAAGCUCCGCCCCCCAUGACUCUCCCAAGCCAGCAGGUCCCGCCUCUGCUCGUGCCUGAGCCCCCAAGUUCCACCACCUCAAUGUUUCAUCCAUACCCCUCCUUUGUUCGUUGUAGUAAAUGCUGAUGACAUAAUGCCACGAUUGCACUCCCAGAUGAUGAUGUAAGCCAGAGCUCAGGCAUAUUCCCGCCUCGGGGUAAAGGAAGGAAGGAAGGAGAUGUUUCAGUGGAUGAUGGGCUGUAUAUUUGCACUGAUCCCUUGUUUUAUAGUUAUAACAGUUCUAUAGUUUGGCAGUGUUUCCCAACAUGGACCCCGUGUGUCCCUGACUCAAGAGGAAGCAUUGACCUCGACACUCCGACUCCUAUGAUAGAAUAUAUAUUUAUAUUAGUAAGUCAAUCACUGGACGUUUGUUUUGUUUACUCUUAAUUUCAUGAUGAUGCACUGUUAUUGCCAUGUUGGCCAAAUCCCCAAUGUGCUGUACUGGACAGACACUAGUUAGUGGUUACUAAGUCUUAAGAAAACAUUACUUGACUAUAUUUCUUAAAAUGAUUUUUUUUAGGACUCUUAGUUAACCAUUCCUAGUGAAAUAUCCGAUGCUUCUAAAGGAUUUAUUCACAGGUUUUAUAAUUUCGACCUUGUAAUAUUUGGCGACAAAAUAUCUACCACAAUAAUCCACUGUCUGUUAAAUGCCUUUUUUUUGUGCAAUAUUUUGUCCUUUUCUUGAUUAGACCUCUCUUUGUGUGGGCACUUCGUUGUUGCACUGUAGGAAUUACUCCGUAGGACAUAGUUAGAAUUGUACUGUCCCUCAAAACCGACUGCUCAGUGUUCAGAAGUAUAGUUAUGAUAUUACUCUGUCCGUAUCUAUUUUGUUUGUUGUCUACUAUGGAAAGAUUGUUUAUUUCAAACACUUUGUCUUCAUGCUGCGUAUCAGUAGACAAACUGCUAGGUGACACCCUAUGUCUGUCACAUAGAAAUAGAUUAGCAUCUAGCCAUUCUAUUUCUAUGGUGUGUCAACUGUCAUGUUUGUUACCACAAUGUUUUAAUGAUUUUUUUUUUCUGAAUCUCCGUCACCUUUCAGGAAUGUCAUUCAGGAAUAAUGCUGUUUUGUCAUUUUAGUGAGGUCAAGGUUGAGAUAUCAGUAGGUUUGUUACAGCCAUAAUACAAAGUUAUACGUGGCGUUCCAGGUUGUCUGUUAUGCAAUCACACUGCACACCUGCCCCUAAGCACUUCUGCAGGUCCCUCUGUUUGUGGAACCAGUCUGAUCACUGCGUUCGCCAUUCUAUUUCAAAUCACUUGCAGUAGAACAGAAUGGUUGGCACAGCAAUCAGAUUGGUUCCACCAGGUUACCCUGUCCACAUAAUCUUAUUCAUUGUGAUCUAUAAGGGAAAAGUGAUCCUAGAUCAGCAUUCCUAAUCAUCUGUGCAGCGUGACUGCAAGCAAUAUGACCUGGAACGUCUCCUAAAAGUCUUGGUCCUUAAGCCAACUAUUGGCAUCAACUGUAUAACGGGAGGAUUGUCAAUGUUCAUCUAAAGCUUCGGAGGGCCAUAGUUAUUAAUAUAAUGCCAAUGCUUGUAAAAUACAAGUGCUUACAUUCCCUUUGUGUGUGUUAAGCCGUUGGAUAAUCGUCUCGUUGCUUGGCACCCAUUUGAUGUGUAUCUGCGCUUCUAAUUUGUUUACAACAAACCUGAAUGUUCUAGAAACAAGUCUGAGCAUCUUAACUGUGGACAGAAAUGUUAUUUCAAACACUAUAGAGCAGGGGUAUUCAACUCUUACCCUACGAGGGCCGGAGCCUGCUGGUUUUCUGUUCUACCUGAUAAUGAAUUGCACACACCUGGUGUUCCAGGUCUAAAUCAGUCCCUGUUUAGAGGGAAAGAAUGAAAAAAUGCAGUUGAACUGGCUAAGUCCAGAGUUGAGUUGAAGGGGUAUAGAGCCCCACACUGGAGGUGUCAUAAUACUCAUAAAACCUAGUGGUCAAACAGGGAAAUGGUUCCAAUUGUUUUUCCACCAUUCAUUUUUCCUAUUUUUAAAACACUUAAGGGCUGUGUUUUCCUGUAGGCUUACCCUGGCGUGACGUUUUGAUAUAUCAUGUAAAUCUAUCUCGGACAAGGUGACUUAUCAAUAUAUUCGGCUCCAUUUACUCUCAGAUUCGAAUCAGCGUCAAAGUAGACAUGCAAAACUACAAACCCCUGCACGUCAUCUCUAGCUGACACCUUUGCGAACAGGUAUUGUGUCAAUUUAAAACUUGCACAAGACCGUUCACAGAACUGUCCCUUUAAAUGUUUAUUUUACUAGGCAAGUCAGUUAAGAACAAAUUCUUAUUUUCAAUGACGGCCUAGGAACAGUGGGUUAACUGCCUGUUCAGGGGCAGAACGACAGAUUUGUACCUGGUCAGCUCGUGGAUUCGAACUGGCAACCUUUCGGUUACUAGUCCAACACUCUAACCACUAGGCUACCCUGCCAAUUUACUCAUUACUACAUUUAACAUUAGAUAAAUAAAUCCAGAGAUUCUUACUUUUCCUUCAAUUCAACAGUCUUGUCCAGAUAAUGGAAUUUGUAGUUCUUUAUGAUAGCCACAUUAACAGCUAAUUAACAUUUUAUUUUGGGGGGGUAAAUACAGGAAAAUAUAUUUAUAAAGGUCACUUUUUCCUAGAGAUUUACAUGGUUAUCAAAACAUCACACCAGGGUAAGCCUACACAAAACACAACCCUUAUUUUAAGUGUUUCUAAAAGACCCCCAUGGGAUUUGACCGCUAGGUUUUAUGAGUAUUAUGACUCUGUGAUACUGUGGUACUCUAUUGGCUGUAAGGUUUUAUAGAAAUGUAACUGCAUUGCUGGAUGAGAGCAUGUACUGUUUGCCACCAAUUGUUCUCAACUCGAUUGUCUUCAGAUAUUGAAUGGUAAAGGAUCGUCUUGGUAGUUUAUGUACACGUCAUUAUGUCUACACUUAACGAUGGAAGGAGACCAUGUGAUAGUCUAUUGCUGAUACUCCUGUAAAGAUUUGAGUGAAAUUUACAGUGUACCAUGAGGAACAGUAUAUUUGGAAAUAUAUUUAGCUACACAUUUAGUUUUUUCAGUCAAACCACUGUACAUAAAUGCACAAGAUUGCUGUGGAAAGUGUCAAAGAAACCAGUUAGUCAUAACAGCACUUUAUUGAUGGAAUGGAACGCAUACGACUCCAUUUUGUCUCCAUCUAAUGGUACGAAGUCUACCAUCUUUUUCCUGGCCAUUUAAAAAGAAAAGAUGGAUAGAGAUGGAUAAAAUAAGACUAUUGUAAGCAAACAAUCACUUAAUAGCAAUUAAAAACCUGAGACAAACAUGAAAGGGACAAAUAUGAAAAUUAUUGUCUUUACGGAAUUUGCUACUGAAGAUGUUGAAACGGAAAAUUUCACUGAAUGUAAUAAGCAAUGUAAAUUAGAAUUUGAAAACACCCAUAAUAAAUAUUUUCAUAUGUAUUAUGAAUUUCA